AUGAGUGCAGGUCUGGCGAACAUGUGUAAGGCAAUCAAUAAUGCCAGUAGAGCAGGCAAACGACAGCUUAUUCUGAAGUUUGAUUCGAAGGAGAUGCGCACGUUUCUCACACAGAUGCUGAAACAUGGGUAUAUUUCUGGGUUUUCGUAUAUCAAAGAUAAGAUGAAAGGCAAAAGCAUCAUCGACCUUAACGGAAGACUAAAUAGGUGCGGUGCAAUCUGUCCGAAUUACAGAGUUGGCAUCGAUAAGAUCGAAGACUUCCGAUCAAGGCUUCUUCCUGCCAGGCAGUUUGGCCAUGUGCUUUUCAGCACAUCAAAGGGCGUUCUUGAUCACAAGGAAUGUCAAGAAGAAAACGUUGGAGGAGAAAUCCUUGGGUACUUCUACUAA